AUGGCGGCACAGCGUUCCUCCGAGGGAACCAAUGAUAGCAACGCUGUUGACAAUUCUACCAUUAAUUUGGAAAAGUUUCAAAAUCAGCCGCAUCCAAAUUCACGCUCACAGGAGUUUGACAACUCACCAACUUCCGUAAACAAUGGUGACAACAUUAAACCCGUUUCAAAUAACAAUAAUCAGAUAUUGACCACCGAUAAGGUUGGGCUGGCUUCCCAGACGAUAAAUGGCGCUGACGCAGAAAAAGUGGCACCGGUUGAAGAAAGAGUUUCGAAUGCGAAGCACACCUUGAACCGGACCAAAAGCAAUAAUAAAUCCAAUCCCAAUAAUAAUUCUCAUAGUGUCAAACAAAGUGGUAACAAGGAUUCGAAAGAAAAACAGAAGCAAGGAAACGGUGCCACCUCCGAUUCACGUGUGAAAAUCGAACUGGACAGGAAAAAAUCCUUGCCAUCUCAGAAACAGAAGAAAUUACUCACCUCCAAACCGAAAGGUGGCGGUGCGAUGACGGUCGCAACAACCGAUGAAGGCUCCCUUUCUGAUACUUUCGAUGGUUCGUUAAAUCGAAGGCAUUCGGCUCCACCUAAAUUGAACCGCCAAGGAAGUUCUAUCGGAAAGGAUCGUGAUCAAUCGAAACCAAGCCCUCUGAGGACUUCCGUUACACCCUCUCCUGACCCAUGUAACCUUCCACUCUUGUCACCCAAGAUAUUGGAAUUACGUCGUUCUGAAUCAUUUCAACAAAAGCCCGCAACCGUCGCGGAUGAGGAUACGUCCACCAUCAGCGCAGAUACUGCCAAUGUGGGUACAAAGAAAACUAAAAAUCCAACUCCCGCCACCAAACAACGCCGUAGGGAUGGCGUCCGAAGUCAAGCCAGAAAGAAUACUGCCGCAUUGGCCGCCUUACCAAAAGGAGAGAAUAUCCAAGAGUUGCUUGCGAGAUUGGAAGAGCAAAAUUCUUCGUUGCCUCCGCAGGAUUCCACCGAAUUUCUUUUGGCUCGUCUCGAACGUCAGAAUGAGAUGUUGGACAAUGAUCCGAAAUCCGUAUGUAUCCAAUCCAACGUUCUCAAGGCAAACCUCGAAACCGUUCAGUCCUUGAUCGACGACAUCACGUUGCCCGCCGAUCGAUCCACCUCGCCAUCCGAUGAACUAAUCAUUCCUGUACUUGAUGAAGAGGAUGAUGAUCUGUCGAAAUCGGCAGACCUUUCAAACGUCAUCGAAUGGGAUUUCUGGACGGCGUUGAUUCAAGAUUAUACUUCGGUUGCCACCAAACUACCGCACCUGCUCGCCGCCAAGUUGCAACAAGGUUUACCGCCAAAGCUGAGAGGUCUGGUGUGGCAAUCGAUGUGCCAAGCAUCCUCCACUUACUUGGAAACAAUGUAUUCCCAAUUAUUAUUGGAAUCCUCGCCGUACGAUAAAAUUAUUGAGCGUGACCUCGCAAGGACAUUCCCAACGAUUGAGAUGUUCAAGGAAGAAAAUGGAAAGGGACAAACAAUGCUGUGGAAUAUACUGAAAGCGUAUAGUUUGUAUGAUCCUUUGGUCGGGUACUGUCAAGGGUUGGGAUUCUUGGUGGGACCGUUGUUGAUGAACUGCCCGGAAAAUCAUGAAUGUAUGCUAAGUCAACUUCACGUUUACUCCAAUGCAGAUGGGAGAAACUCAAGCUUUUUGCGUGUUUGUCAGGUGGGUUUUAUCAAUUGCUUUGCGCUCACCAUGUGUUCCCUUUUUCAACACGGUUCUAACAUGGUUCGAACAUGUCACAGAUUGAUGGAGACUUACGACAUGCGAACAAUGUUCACCCUAAAGAUGGAAGGGCUUCAACAAAGAUUAUACCAAUUUACCUCGUUGCUCUCUCACAUUUGUCCAAACUUAUACGCCCACUUCCAAAAGCACGGCGUCCAAUCUGCCAUGUACGCCUCCCAAUGGUUCCUUUCUUUAUUCGCUUACACCUAUCCCCUUCCCCUGGUCUUCCGAAUUUAUGAUGUCGUGUUUGCAGAGGGUGCACCAGAAACAAUUAUGCGAGUGGCCAUCGCCUUGUUAAAGAAUAAUGAAGAAAAAUUGUUGAGCUUUGACGAAUUCGAAGAUCUACUGGAAUUCCUUACCUCUCGACUUUACGAGUCAUACAACAAUGAACCUACGGGAUUGGUGAAGGACGCCAUGGCGUUGAGCUCAGUGAUCACCAAAGCGAAACUUGAUCAGCUCUCCGAAGAAUAUGUCAAAGAUCUCGAAGAUCAGAAGAAGCGUGCCGAGGAGAUGGUGGCCGUUCGAUUCAACGGACGCUUUGGUCGCAGUAAAAAGGAUGACUCCAAACGGCGCGAGAAGCGUGAUAACAAACGCUGGUCAUUGAACGUCAUGCGCAAUUCUCGUCACUCGGUGGCCAUCAUGCAAGACAUGCAAAGUGUGAUCUCGAACUCGUCGAGCGAGAAUGUCAACGCCUCGAGCAGUGACCAGUCCUCUAAUUCUUCAGACGAAGCUUCCAAUCCAUCCGAAAAGGUCAAUAAAUCUUCCAAACUCGUCGCGUCAACGUCGCCACCGUUAUCCUCUUCUUCGAACAGCGCCGGCAUGGGCGUGCUACACAAGCAAAUCGAAGAUCUGGUGACAGCACUUUCGCAGUUACAGAAAGAGCACGCAGACGUCACCGAACAGUUGGUCAACAUUAAAAUGGAGAAGGUGGAUUUGGUCACCGAAGUGGAAGAACUAAAAUCCAAACUUCGAGGAUUGGAGAAAGAAAACAAACGAAUGUCUAUGUCCUCGACCCUAUCGCUUGAUUCGGCCACGACAUUAAACGACGAGAGUAAUGCACCAUUGUCAAAGUUAGCUUCGCUGAUGGCACCCGGUUUAUUGAAAAUCGAAGAACAACUCGCAGACUCAAUCAACCUGCCACGCAUGACACGACGGUCGUCGGUGCCCACGUAUGUCUCCACGCCCACCGAUAAAAUGCUAUCGAGUCUUGACGCAUCGCUAAAGUCCGAACUCUCGGGCCUUACUGCGAAUGAUUGGGCGGUGGAAUUGAAGAAAUCAUUACAACGAGAAAUGUUGAUGGCCGAAGAAUUGGUCGCCGUCAGAAGAGAGAAGGACGAAUUGUUGCAGGAUAAUGCCGAGAUGACUAAACGCGUGGAGGAAUUGGAAACCGCCGUGGCCAAUAGCGCGAAAUCGCAAAAAGCAUUGUAUGACAAAAACACAUUUUUGCAAACGGAGAUCGAACGAUUGGAUGCGGAGGCGACGCAAGCGUUGUACGAACAGAGCACCAUGGAGAAUGAUGUGAAGGAGGUGAAGACAUUGAGAUUUGAUAACGUGAAAUUGAACAAGGAGAACGAAAGGUUGAAGAAGGACAUCGCAGGAUUAGAAGCGAAGCUAUCAUGGUCUGAUAACAAUGCGGAUUCAAAUAACACCACACCUUCGGCUUCAUCACGACGCGUUUCAUUCUUGAACUUCUUUAACAACAACGGUAAUAAUGACCAGGAUGCUACGAGGUCGGUGGCAGCAGUGUGUUCAAAUGACUGCCCCGCGGCAAAGCGAGCUGAAAACAUGGAACAAAUGGCGAAACAUGUUCAAUCCCUGCUGGUCGAGAGCGAGAACGCGAGGGAUGCGAUGAGUGCCCAGCUGGAGGAGUUGAAUUCGUUAAUAAAUGGAUUCGCCAAUAUUUCAGAUAUCGCACCCUUUGAUCCUGAGGGAGUCACCAUCACACCGGAGAAUUCAGGACCAUAUCCAAAGCCAAGGCCGGAAAAGCGACUUUCGUCGUUGUCAUUGGCUUCCUUCUUCGGUUCAUAA